AGAGAUAUAAACUUCGAAUGAGGAAGCGAUCUUUCUCUCAAAUGCAAGAUGAGUAAGCUCCAUCCAUCGGGCUCUGAGAUGGACUUAGGACGUCCGAACAUCGAAGAAUAUCUCACCGAAGCCAUCCAUGAGCCGAUUCGCGACAAGCUUCUCUUGCGUGAUUUGCUUGAUAUUUCACCAGCUUUAACGGAGGCUGCUGGAGCGAUCAUUGAUGAUUCAUUCACUCGCUGCUUUAAGUCGAAUCCUCCAGAGCCUUGGAACUGGAAUGUCUACUUGUUUCCUCUAUGGUGCUUGGGGGUGGUUAUUAGAUAUGGGAUUCUUUUCCCAGCAAGGGUUGUGAUCUUGGCAGCUGGAUGGGUGGUAUUCCUUUCGUCUUUCAUUCCUGUUCAUUUCCUAUUGAAAGGACAUGAUAAGUUGAGGCGGAAAUUGGAGCGGGUACUGGUGGAGCUAAUGUGCAGUGUGUUUGUUGCUUCCUGGACCGGAGUUGUCAAAUAUCAUGGGCCACGGCCCAGCAUGCGCCCUAAGCAGGUCUUUGUAGCCAAUCAUACAUCAAUGAUUGAUUUCAUUAUUUUAGAACAGAUGACGGCAUUUGCCGUCAUUAUGCAGAAGCAUCCAGGGUGGGUUGGGCUUCUACAAAGCACCAUUUUGGAGAGCGUAGGUUGUAUUUGGUUUAAUCGCUCGGAGGCUAAGGAUCGCGAAACUGUUACCAAAAAGUUACGAGAACACAUUCAAGGGGUCGACAACAAUCCUCUUCUUAUAUUUCCUGAGGGAACCUGUGUAAACAAUGAUUACACAGUCAUGUUCAAGAAGGGUGCUUUUGAACUUGGCUGCACUGUUUGCCCAAUUGCAAUCAAAUACAACAAAAUUUUUGUGGAUGCUUUCUGGAACAGUAAGAAGCAAUCUUUUACAAUGCAUUUGCUCCGGCUUAUGACGUCAUGGGCUGUUGUUUGUGAUGUAUGGUACUUGGAACCACAAAGUUUGAAACCUGGUGAGACACCUAUAGAAUUUGCAGAAAGAGUGAGGGACAUAAUUACUGUUCGAGCUGGUCUUAAAAAAGUUCCAUGGGAUGGAUAUCUGAAAUACUCUCGUCCUAGCCCAAAGAUUACAGAACGGAAGCAACAGAUCUUUGCAGAGUCAGUGCUGCGGCGCCUUGAGGAGAAGUGAAAAAAAGUUCUCCACAGGGAUUUUAUGGAUUUUAUAGUUUUUCCUGUGUGUGUGUGUGUGGUCUGAGGAGAAUUCAUGCAUUUGCAGAUGUAGUUAUCAAUUUUUCUUUUUAGGUUGUAACUUAUUGGACAUCACUAAUGUUGGAGAGAAAUGCAUGCCUAGUGCAUGGAUUCAUGGUUA